UCUCCAAAGAGAAUGUUGAAGUCUUUCCGGGUCAAAGUUGAUUCCCUUCCAUCCACGUGUGAUUCACAUGUUUACAUGGGCAUUUGUAUUCGGAGGAACAUACUGGUGACACUGACAUCGGAAAACAUUUAUUGCAUACUGUUAUAGUAAAAGCAUAGCGUCGCUAUGUCGGACAGUGAAGAAGAAGCUUGUGAACGCCGGACAGUAAAGAAGAGAGUUUCAAAGUACCAGUGUCCGGCCGACUUUGUGUCCAUGCCGUAUGAUUCCUCUGCAAGUGCCUUACAGGACGAAGAUGGAGAGAAGGAAUUAUGGAUCAUCAAAGCUCCAGCUCGCUUCGAUCCUAAAUGCUUUGAAAACCUCCAAGUUCCCUUAUCAGGACUGGAAAUGGUCCAGUCUUCUGGUGCAACCUCUCAGAUCUACAGCGUCCUCAGCAGCAGAACGGCACCAUCAGAUCUCGAUCUGCUCAUUUCCAAAGGGAAACAUCAGAAACCUGUCCUCUGUUCCUCCGGCUUCAGUGGAGUCCUCAAGAUCUCAGAGAGCUACGGAAACUGCAGUGAGAACCAAGGUCCCGUUCCCAUCCCGGCCACUCCAGCUCCAUCCAUCCCAGCUGGUCUCAGGCAACGCUUCCAGCCUUUUGGUAGUUCCUUUGCAGCUCACGUGCAAGAUGAAGUCACCGUAGUCUCUCCAACUGUUCCCAAGAGAACCAGUCAGGAACCGAUCGAGGGUGAGGAGCGGAAAAAGAAGAAAAAGAAAAAGAAAGACAAGAGGAAAGAGGACAGUGAAGCAGUUUUUAUCAAAGAAGAACAGACACAAAUUGUCUGUGAUCAGUUAGAAUUAUCUGAACUUAAGGAGGAAGAGCCGACGGAGGAAAGGAGGAGGAAGAAGAAAAAGGUGAAGAAAGAGAAGGAAAGACAUAGUGAAGACAUGGUUGAUGCAAGUUUAAUAUCUAAAACGGAGCCACUGGAUCCUUCAUAUGAUGAUUACAUUGACACCCCAGGGAAAACUAAAAAGAAGAAAAAGAAAAGUAGUCGACAUGAGUAGACUCAUAAGAACUAGGGAUGUUUUAUCAAUUUGUCGUUCACAAAUGCUUACUGUGAUAUUUAACUGUCAAAUACAAUUGAAAAACUG